AGUCGUUGCUAAGGAGCGGCCGCUGCAUCUCGUGUUGCGCCUCAUCCCCGGGACAAUGUGCAGCCGCCGCUCCCGGCAAUGACUUUCCAGCAGGAGGACGGGGUGAGCCUGUGCCACAAAGCUCUGCAGAUCGUGUCCGACCUCUGCCUCGGGGGUCGCGUGGAGUGGGACAAAUGCUCCGGGAUCUUUCCCAGGACCAACCAGGGAGCCGCCAGCGCAGACAUUUCCGUUAGUCUUCUGGCCAUUGUGGUGAGUUUUUGUGGCCUGGCCCUGCUCGUCGUCUCUCUCUUUGUCUUCUGGAAACUGUGUCGGCCAUGUUGGAGAAACAAACCCCUCACUUGUAACAACCAUGUGGCACCCCAAUGUGUGCCCAGCGCCCCCCUGGAGGUGGUGGAGACCGACGAGAUUAAGGAGAUCAAACAAAACGAGAGACAGUCAGUGAGACUGCAAGAAGUGGCCAUGAAGAUCAGUCACACGUCCCCCGAUAUCCCUGCCGAGGUGCAGAACACCCUGAAAGAACAUCUCAUGAGACACGCCCGCAUUCAGAGACAGACUACUGAGCCCACCUCUUCCUCACGACACAACUCAUUCCGGAGGCACUUACCUCGGCAGAUGCAGGUGUCCAGCAUGGAUUUCAGCAUGGGGGUGGAACCAAUACAGAGAGUUAAGACCACCACGAGCAUUGGUCGAAUUAAGCCGGAGCUGUAUAAGCAGAAAUCCGUUGACUCGGAGGACAACAAGAAGGAGGACGUUAAGACCUGUGGGACGUUGAAUUUCAGUCUUCAGUACGACUACGAGAACGAACUCCUCAUGGUCAAAAUCCUGAAAGCCUUGGACCUUCCGGCGAAAGAUCUGUGCGGCACGUCCGACCCCUACGUCAAGAUCUAUCUCCUUCCAGACAGGAAGAAGAAAUUCCAGACUCGGGUGCACAGGAAGACCCUCAACCCAAUAUUCGAAGAAACCUUUCAGUUCCCCGUGGCGUACGACCAGCUCAGCAACCGCAAGCUGCAUUUCAGCGUCUACGACUUUGACCGGUUCUCUAGGCACGACAUGAUCGGGGAAGUCAUUCUGGACAACUUGUUUGAAGCCUCCGAACUGUCCAGGGAAGCCACGGUGUGGAAAGACAUUCACUGUGCCACGAGCGAGAGUGUGGACCUGGGGGAGAUCAUGUAUUCCCUGUGUUAUCUGCCUACGGCCGGGAGAAUGACAUUGACAGUCAUCAAGUGCAGGAAUCUCAAGGCCAUGGAUAUCACCGGCUCUUCUGAUCCUUAUGUGAAGGUUUCCCUGAUGUGUGAUGGGCGGAGACUAAAAAAACGGAAAACCACCACCAAAAAAAACACCCUAAACCCUGUUUAUAAUGAGGCGAUUAUUUUUGAUAUUCCCCCGGAGAACAUGGACCAAGUGAGUCUUUCCAUAACUGUGAUGGACUACGAUAGGGUGGGGCACAAUGAAGUUAUUGGGGUGUGCAGAACAGGAGUGGACGCAGAGGGACUUGGCAGAGACCACUGGAACGAGAUGUUGGCAUAUCCCAGGAAACCAAUUACUCACUGGCAUCCGCUGAUAGAGCUACCUGGUCAGGCUACGAGUUUCGAUAGCCAAGGAUCUUGCUCCUCACCUAAACCACCGCUUACACCUUAGAUGCACCAGCUUAGGCAUGUCUCUUCUCUUUCCAUGGGUUAGGCCAUGAGAAGGCACCAUGUUCCCUUGAAGAGGAGCCAGUAUACCGUAACCAUAAAGUGCUGAGUUCACAGUAUCGAGUUCCAUUCACGGUGUCACAACACUCAACUCCAUCUUUACACUGGUCGAUCAUAAUUCUGGGGCGUGAGUAACAGGAGCUGGAGCCUUUAUAGGAAAUGCAAGGUUCCUCGCGGUCAUCCACCCGAAAAAUGUUGGGCUCCUUAUAGUCAUGCCUCUCAGGGGCCACAUAUCAAUGUAGAUUUGCGAAAAACACAUACAAACUGAAAUUACCCAACUGGAUGCAAAAGUAUAAUAAACCAGGGGCCCUUGUCCUUACAGAAGUCUGGUCAGAAGUGCUAAUAUCGACGUCAAACUACUUACCAUCAGGGGAUGUUUUUUCCCCAUGAGAGAGCACAAAGUAGAUAUGGAAAUGACUUAAAGCUGAGCAGGAAAAUGUUUUCAACAUUUUAAAGGGAACGAAAAGAAUUUUCUGAUGUUCUUAAACAAAGUCUGCACAAAAAGAGCAGCAUGACUCUGUCUGAAACCCCAAGAAGGGCACUUGGCAGUUCUGAGGGACAAAAAUUGAAUUUGCAGAAGAUACAAGAUACCAGGUCAUCUGAAUUAGGGUUCAACGUCAAUCCCAGAGCUGCUGAGGGUAAAGCCCAGUUUUUCAGAUACCUCCUACCUCCUCUGUUCUUUGCUAAAGUUGCCCAGAUGGGAUCACUUGUGGUUCUACUCACUUUGUGCAUAGCAACGACAGUGCUGCAGCACUUAUAUAGCAUUGCUUUGGUGUAGCCGAAUUUGUUUUAAUGGUCAUAGAUUUGAACUUCACACACCAAGUGGCUUCCAAUCUAUCUUAGUGGUCUACAUGCACGGGCAUCAAAAGUGUCCCAUAAUUCUCUGCCAAUUGCUUCAUAAUCAUGCUGUGUGCUUACAGUAUAUGCAAUAAGGUCUUAUGUAACGUCACAAUGGGUCAUUGUUUUAAUCUUCUUGUUUCCUUAUCUCUGAUUGUCUAUGGAUUUUUUUUUAAAUAGUCAUAAGUAAUCCUCCAAAAAACAUUGUACAUAGUCUAAAAAUGUUGGCAGUUUGGCAAACCAGCAACCCGAAACAACAAUUGAAGAGAUCGUUGGCUUGGAAGAAGUGACGUCACUUCUGUUUCGUUGAAUUUCAAAAUGUAAUUUCCUUUAAUCUGAAAGUCUUUUAUUUUAAAAAAUCAGUAUAGUAAAUUUAGGAUGUGAUUAUAGUGAUUUUUGAUUUUGGAUGAUAAUCCAGUAAUACCAUACAAAAUUUUGAAUCCCCUGCUUCGAUUUACACUCAAAAAAGUAAGUUAAAAAAUCCAGUGAGGUCAUGGUGACUAUAAUCUCUCAAGAAAAUAUUUUUAUGAAAAAAAAGAUAUUUCCAAAUACAUUUCCAAAACAAUUCCAUAUUAGCAAUGUAGCAGAAUAAUUAAAAAAAAAAAACAGGUUUGCUUUUAUUUUCUCUUCACUCCGUGUAAGAGGCAGAUGUAUUCAUUUUUGAGUUGAAAUUAUCAAUUGUGUUAUCACUUUCUUUGAGUUAGCAUUUUCUUUUCAUGAUCAAAGUUCUUCUAAUAAUAGAAAACUGAUAAUAGAAAUCUUUUUAAACUCUAUCAGGGAAAUAUAUAUAAAAAUAAAUAAACCUAAGAUCAUAAUUUUGGAGAAAAAUCCAAUUUUUUGCAAUCAAAGUUGAAAAUUCUGUUAGAAUUUAAAAAAUAGAAAGCUGUUAGAAUUAAAUGUUUUUUUUAAAAACCUAGCUCUGGGAAAUAUAUCAAAAAUAUGUUUGCAAGUUCAAAAAAAUGGCCAUGAUUUUAUGCCAAAAUCUCGGUUCUUUAGAAAAUACAAGUUCUGCUGAGAUUAAUUUUUUUUGAAAAUGUAAAAUUUUUUAUGAUGGAGUCUUCAUUUAACAAAAUCGAAAUUUGACAUCUAAAAUUGUUGUGAUUUAAUUUUUUUUAAAAAAAACUUUAUGGAGGACAAAGUAAAAUGAUCUUUUAUAUUUGUAUAUGGACCAUGCCAUGAUUUCAUGGAACUAUAGACUGAAAAACUCAAUUGGAAAAGAAAAACUCAAUAUUAAAAAUAAAGCUGAAACCCCAAGAUUGGGAAAUUGCAGUAAAUUUGCAACUCGAAAAUGAAUACAUUUUCCCCCAAGCAUUGGGCACCUGCUCUACCAUUGAAAUUUUUUUUGGUGAAAAGUGAAAUUAUAAGAAAAAAUUUUGGAAUUAUUGUUAAAAAUUAAAAUUAAUCUUUGAGAUCUUGAAAAUGUAUUUGCCAGAUUAGAGGCUGAUCAUGAGAUGAAUCCUAAAGACACAUUGACUUGAACAGAUUAUUUAAUCUCAAUGCACAAAGACCUGAAUGUAUUUUUCAGUGGCCCCCCAACCCAUAGUGCCUUAACCCUUCGCACUUUUCUUAACAAUGUAUAUUCAUUGGCCAAGACUAAGAUUUGUAUUCCCCUUCGUAGACUUGAUAACUGUUUAGAAUUCUCGUGGGCAUGGCAAUGGUUGCUGAUCUAUUCUGAUAUAGCUGAACCCUGGUUUUAAAUGAAAUGUGUUAUUUUUAGAUCUGGGUGACCUUCUGAUUUCUCCAGCACUUUCAGGUUAUAAAUGUCUGCCUUC